UAUAAAUUCUAUCAUCAAUCAUCAUUAAUUAAGGCCACCCUCUCCCUCCCAAAAGCUUUUAAAGCCUUCUCUUCUGCCCAUCUAAAGCAAAAAUUAAAAACCAUGGAAAUGGAUGGAGACUCUCCACCUUACUGGUCCCAACCUCCCACCACCGCACUCCUCCGUCAACGCCGCCGACAACCACCCUCUCCUCUCAUCAGCCCUGUUAUUCUAAUUCUACUUCUACCCAUUCUUACUAUUCUCAUUUUGUUCUUUUUGGUUCCUCCUUUCCUUUCACACACUACUCAAAUUCUUCGGCCUAAUACUGUGAAAAAAGGAUGGGAUUCGUUUAAUAUCUUGCUUGUUGUUUUUGCUAUUCUUUGCGGUGUUUUUGCCCGCAAAAAUGAUGACAAUUCAGCUGAUAACAGUGGUACUGUUUCUGCCAAUCAAAGAAAUAGAAUUGUUUCAACAAGUGAGACUUCAGCUGAUGAUACGCGGCAGUCUAUUUCUAAUGAUCAAUGGUUUGAGCAUAGUGUUGAGAAAGCUUACAAUUUUGCUCCAAUUGGAUUACCGGAAACUGGUGUUAACCGGUUAAGGAGAAGCAGCAGCUCGUAUCCUGAUCUGAGACAAGUGCCGCAAUGGGAAACCGGUGAGAACCAGUCCAGGUUUUUUGAUGAUUUUGGAGUGAAUUUAUACCGUUCUACGGCAGCGCUGGAGUAUGAAAGUCGCCGUCCGCGGCGGAGCGAGAGGCAGAGGGAAGAAUCUGAUAUUAAGGUGAUUCCUGUGGAUACAUUUGAAACUCGUUCAUCUCCACCUGAACAGAGUCCGUCGCCAGAAAAACCUCCGUUGCCGUCAUCGAAGCCACCACCGGCAAAUUUAAAACGGAGAAGAUCAUUUCAUAGUGUUCCGCGCAAGGACAAGGUUCAAAUGCAGAGUAAUGAAGCUGAAGUACUAGUUGAGCUCAACAAAAAACAAGAGCCUUCACCACCAACACCACCGCCGCUAACGGAGCAGCCAUCACCACCGGUGGAAAAGCCUCAAAAGCUUCAGCGGAGAAAGAGUGGUACAACGGAAUUAGCCACAGCUAUUGCCUCAUUGUACAAUCAGGGUAAGAAGAAAAAGAAGAGAACAAAGAAGAAAGAUAUUUUUGAGAGCGUCUCUGAUUCUCCACCAUCUGCAGAAUCAGUCCUGCCACCACCAACACCGCCACCGCCGCCUCCUCCACCACCUCCGCCGCCGUCUAAGGUUUUCCAAAACCUUUUCAAGAAAAAUAGGAAAAGUAAACGUGUACAUUCCGAUCCUUCCACUGCAGCAACAGCAGCACCGCCUCCUCCACCUCCGCCGCCGCCUCCAAAUUCAAUUUUCAACAAUUUGUUCAAAACCGGCAGCAAAAGCAAACGAUUUCAACAAACAUCAUCAUCAACUCCUCCACCGCCUCCUCCGCCGCCGCCACCACCUUCUUCAAUUCUCAACAAUUUGUUCAAACACGGAACCAAAAACAGGCGAUUCAAAUCAUCAACUCCUCCACCUCCUCCUCCUCCGCCGCCGCAAACACACUUGUCAUCAAGGCGGAGAAAAACUUCAACACAUUCUCAACCACCAUUGCAACAACCGGAACCUCCACGUCGACGUUCAUCAUAUUCUAGCAAACCUCCAUUGCCAACAAGACACGUCACUAGUUACUAUGACGAUAACUUGAACAAUGGCUCACAAUCGCCGUUAAUACCAAUGCCGCCUCCUCCUCCUCCGCUAUUCAAAAUGCGGGAGAUGAAGUUCGUUCCUUCCAGUGAUUUUUUCAGGAUACGGAGCGAGCACAGCUCUCGCUGCAGCUCGCCGGAAAUUGAAGAAGUUGACGUUGAUGAAAUGUCCGUUAGAUCGUCCUCGGAGGCAAUGGACGGUGAAGAUUUAACCGGGCCGUCGGUUACUUGCCCGAGCCCGGAUGUGAACGCGAAAGCGGACUCUUUCAUUGCCCGGCUACGAGAUGAGUGGCGAUUAGAGAAAAUGAAUUCAUAUCGUGAAAAGAGAAACUUGGGCUGAGGCCUCAGGCCCAGGCCCAAUAUGAAGAUUCUUAGUUAUGGCUCGUCCUUUUUCUUUACCAAUAAUUACUUUAUAUUUAUACAAACUAAUUAAAAUUGGUCACAUAAUAGUAGAGUAUAUAGAGAUCUUAUAGAGGUAAAUACGAUUUGGGAGUUGGCUCUGGUUGUUUUUUAUUUUCAAUUGGAGCCUUGUAAACAUAGAGAAGGAUGUGAUUUUUUAAAAAAAAAAUUGGAAUC